AUGAUCGGUCAACCAUUUGGUUCAAAACUUCUCUCUCGAAAGAAAAAUGCACGUGGCUAUUUAAUUCUCUUAGCACCAACUCCAGAACUUUGGAGUCGAGCACUGCGUCAUCGUACUCAAAUUGUUUUUACACUUGAUGCAAGUGCCAUCAUGUUUGCUGCUGCUUUGCACUCGGGCUCACGUGUCAUCGAAUCUGGAACAGGUAGUGGCGCCCUCACGACAAGUUUUGCACGAACAGUAGCACCUGAUGGUCAUGUCUAUACCUUUGAGUUCAAUGCGCAUCGAGCAGAAAUUGCGCGUCAAGAAUUUAAGCGCAACAAUCUUGAGAACGUUAUCACGGUGCAAUGCAGAGACGCGUGUGCGCAAGGAUUCCCUAUGGAGCUGAAGGGUUCAAUCGAUAUGGUAUUUUUAGACUUGCCUAGUCCCUGGAUGGCUGUUGGUCAUGCGGCGAAGAUGUUGAAGCAGGGAGGAUUCUUUGCGUCCUACUCGCCAUGCAUUGAGCAGGUUCAGAAAACGUGUGAUGCUCUUAAAAGCGCUAAUUUUGAGUUAAUUCGUACAAUUGAGACGAGGCUGGUGCCGUACAAUUCGCGACGAAUUGAUCUUCCCGUGCCGGACUUUGGAUUCGGUAAAAAGGUGUCAACGAGGACUGAGGCUACGAAGAUGACGUGUGUCGAGAAGGAGUUGAAUGAAGACAUGAGUAAAGACACUAAAGAGGAAAAAGAACUGGAGCGGAAGAAAAACGGCGGAUGCAAGCGCAAAUAUAUCCCUGGUGGUGUCGGAGAUCACAUUGUGGCCAAGAAGGAUGAUGAGAUUCGCGGACAUACUGCAUACCUUACGUUUGCUACCAAGUUUUUCGAAUAA